CCCAUCUUGUAGGGCUGACUUUGGGGUUAUUGUUAUUACUCCUCGUUAUGACCACGUUCAUUUGAAUUGCCGGAGGGUUGAAUCUUGGAUAGGGUAUCCAGACUCCAUUUUUACUAUCACCGCCGAACCGGAAGCUCGUGGUCAUGGCUUCGGCUUCGGAGAACAGCGGUACGGAAGCAAUUCCAAUAUUGACCAAGACAUUGCAUGAAGCUCUACUCAGUCUGCACAAAUACCCCCACCCUCAUGUUCCAAAUCCUCCAGAUUGUAAAAAACGUGCUGCGGUCGCUUUGAUCCUUCGAGUUCGCCCAGAUUACCACCACUGGCCUCCGGCGACUCCUGUCGAAGCUAAUAACUCUGUGCCGGUAUCACAACAACUUGAUAAUUUCUUUGCGCAAGACUGGGUGAAACAUGGUGACCCGGAAGUGUUAUUUAUUAAAAGGGCAUCAAGAAUAGGGGAUCGCUGGACCGGGCACGUCGCACUUCCCGGAGGCAAGCGGGAUCCAGAGGAUGCAGAUGAUAAAGGGACGGCGAUCAGGGAGGCGUGGGAGGAAAUCGGGUUAGAUUUGGAUGUAGAAGAAGCUAUUCCUGUUGGCAAUCUCCCCGAGCGUGUGGUGAAAACCUCUUUCGGAAGACUCCCACUGAUGGUAUUAUGUCCUUUUAUUUUCUUGUUAACAUCGAGAAAUUCCCCACCACUCAAGCUUCAGCCAACCGAAGUAGCCUCAACGCAUUGGGUUUCGUUAAGAGCUCUUCUUGCACCAUCAUUUCGGUCCGUUGAACGCGUCGAUGUCUCAGACCGCUAUGCAAAGCAGGGUGGAAUAAUAAGUCGCGUGGCCUCGCGGUGGAUGACUGGGAUGAUGGAAUUUGCUGCUCUCAGGCUGCUCCCAACCGAGAGCUUGUAUUGCAGCUCAAUACCUGGCUUUCUCCCGGAAUCCUCCCGGCGGCCAACUUCAGUCUUUCAAAAAUGGAAACAAUGGAUUUCAGGCACACAGCCUAUCUUACCCGAGAAAGGUCGGACUCUAUUGCUAUGGGGCUUGACCUUAGGUAUCCUGGCCGAUUUUCUGGAAAUGCUACCGCCGCACAAUGCUGUGGAAUUAUGGACCCAUCCGACAUUCACUGCUCCUGAUUUACGGAUCCUCGUGUCUAUCAUGACAUACUCGAUACGAAAAAGAAACGCAGAAAAGGUCAAGAGUUUGAGACAGCCUAGUGAAACCGCUGCUGACGACUCAACUAUUGCUCUUCAUGUCGAUGAACCUGUGGAUGCGAAGUCUAGCGGUGCAAAGAGUGAUGAGUCGGCAUUGGCAGAUCAGCACGCCACGGGGAUACUGUUGCAAGGAUACUAUGAUCGUCUUAGACUGGCAAUUGUAGUUUUUAGUGCCUGGAGACUGCUUGCAGGCUCGGCUGGGUCAUAUCUUAUAUUCAGGUGGCUGCGGCGCCGCUAAUUCCUUGGUUGUACCGCCAGUUGGUGACCAAAACGAGGCGUUAUUUAAACCACUUGAUAGUAAUUUUAUAGACACAGUAGACAUAUAUACGUCUUUCUUUGGAAAA